AUGCUUUAUCGUUUAUUAAAUAAAAAUGUUAUUGGAAAUAAAGAAUCCGAAAAAUGUGCAGAAAUUGGCAAGAACUGGCAAGAAGAACCCGAAAAUGUUAAAAUAGUAUACGAAGCACUUUCUAGAUUGCUUAAAAGUAAAUAUGGAAAUUCUUCCUCCUCAACAUCUACUCCGGACAGCAGCAAUUUUCAAAAUAUAAUGAAUGAAUCAACUUCCCCUUCGAUUUCCAAUUCAUCAUCUCCAACUCCGGACAACAACAAUUUUCAAAAUAUAAUGAAUGAAUCAACUUCCCCUUCGAUUUCAAAUUCAUCAUCUCCAACUCCGGACAACAGCAAUUUGCAAUAUACGAUGAAUGAACCAGACUUGCACUCAAUUUCUUCCCCCUCGUCUCAAAAUUUUUCAUUUGUAUGUGAUACUCCGUACAACAAUUAUUUUCAAAAUAUGAUGAUUGAAUCAAAUAAGCUUGGCUUGCAAUCAACUCCUCAUUCGAUCUCUAGUUCCUCUUUUUCCUCAACAUCUUCUCCUUAUACGGACAACAGAAAUUUGCAAUGUACGAUGAAUGAAUCAGAAACGCUCCCCUCGCCUCAAAAUUUUGUAUAUGGUUAUUUUCCUACUCCGUACAACAAUUUUUCUCAAAAUAUGAUCGUCAUGCAAGCGACUUCCCAUUCGAUCUCUAGUUCCUCUUUCUCCUCAACAUUAUCUACUCCAGACAACAGCAUUUUACCAGAUAUGAAUGCAACUUUACCAUCAAUUUCUCAACCUUCUCAAUUUACAUUUUAUCCUACUCCGGAAGAUAGAAAUUUACAAUAUGAACCAGAUAUCAGUUUUGAAUCAACAUUGCCCCCUUCGAUUUCUGACUCAUCUCAACAACAUCAAUCUACAUUUUAUCCUACACCUCUUUUGGAGUUUGAUGAUUAUUUGUCGAAUUCAGAAGUUGAUAGUAUGUUUCCACCAUUAGAAUUAAUUCAACUUCAACCCACGAAUACAUCACACAUCUCAGAUUUUCACCAAUCCACGAAUACAUCAAACAUCUCAGAUUUUCACCAAACGUUGUCAAAUCAAGAUCAAAUGUCAGACCAGACGACUCUGAAACCUUUUUAUCACUGA